AUGGAUCCCCGAAUGCAAAGGACAGGCUCGCCGGCUCACCCCAUACAGCCCGGCUACCAGUUGGAGGACAACCCGUACCACCACCAGCAAGGUUUCGAUAUCCCGGCCGGUCCUGGGAGAUACAGUCCUGGAGAUGCGCUGAACAUUCACACCCCUCAACCGGUUGAGGGAAUGGGCGGCUACCAUGCCCCAGGCCAGCACUAUACCCCCGAAUACGCCGUGAACCCGGAAGCGCACCACGAUGCCUACUUCAACCAGCCCUACGAGCCCCAAGUUGGCCAUGAUCCAUAUGCCGCGGCUCCAACGCCCCCAGUGGCCGGAUACCAGGCGCACGACGACCAACGGCCCAUGUUGAUGCAUACCGAUUCGCAAGUCGGCCAGAGCGAUCCUUACCACGACGAACCCGCACCGCCAACGAAUAAUGCGCCCAUCAAGAGGUGGAAGACAGUGAAGCAGGUGCUUCUGUACCGCGGUAACUUGGUGUUGGAUUGUCCCAUCCCUCCAAAGCUGCUGAACCAGCUACCUCACGGCGAGCGUGACGAGUUCACCCAUAUGAGAUACUCGGCUGCCACCUGCGACCCUUCGGAAUUCUACGAAGAGAACUUUACUCUGCGCCAGAAGCUCUUCAGCAAGCCUAGGCACACGGAGCUCUUCAUUGUCGUAACCAUGUACAACGAGGACGAGAUUCUGUUUGCGCGCACCAUGAUCGGUGUGUUCAAGAACGUCGAGUACAUGUGCAAGCGGCCGGAAAGCAAGACCUGGGGCAAGGACGCCUGGAAGAAGAUCGUGGUGUGUGUCGUCAGCGACGGUCGUGCCAAGAUUAACCCGAGAACGAGGGCAUUAUUGGCCGGUAUGGGUGUCUAUCAGGAGGGUAUUGCCAAGCAACAGGUUAACGGAAAGGAUGUCACGGCGCAUAUUUACGAGUACACAACUCAGGUCGGCAUGGCCAUCAAGAACGACGUGGUUCAGCUUAUCCCCAAGCAGCAGCCUGUUCAGAUGCUGUUCUGCCUCAAGGAAAAGAACCAAAAGAAGAUCAACUCGCAUCGUUGGUUCUUCCAGGCCUUUGGGCGCGUUUUGGAUCCCAAUAUCUGCGUGCUUAUCGACGCUGGUACCAAGCCCGGCGGUAGCUCCAUUUACCAUCUGUGGAAGGCCUUCGAUCUCGAACCCAUGUGCGCCGGCGCCUGCGGUGAAAUCAAGGCCAUGUUGGGCACGGGCGGCAAGAACCUCAUCAACCCGCUCAUCGCCACUCAGAACUUUGAGUACAAGAUGAGUAACAUCCUCGACAAGCCUCUCGAGUCCGCCUUUGGCUUCAUUUCCGUCUUGCCCGGUGCCUUCUCGGCGUACCGCUAUGUGGCUUUGCAAAACGACAAGAACGGCCAGGGCCCGUUGGAGAAGUACUUUGCCGGUGAGAAGCUGCACGGCGGCGACGCCGGCAUCUUCACGGCCAACAUGUACCUCGCCGAAGAUCGUAUCCUCUGUUUCGAGCUCGUCACCAAGCGCAACUGCCACUGGAUCCUGCAGUACGUCAAGUCGGCCACGGGCGAGACCGAUGUGCCCGCCGACCUGACGGAGCUGAUUCUGCAACGUCGUCGUUGGCUGAACGGUUCCUUCUUCGCGGCUAUUUAUGCUAUUGUCCACUUCCACCAGUUCUUCCGGUCCGACCACUCUUUCCUGCGAAAGCUUGCCUUCUUUGUCGAGUUCGUGUUCCAGACGGUCAACAUGAUCUUUGCCUGGUUUGCUAUUGGUAACUUCUUCCUCGUGUUUAAGAUCCUGACGACGGGACUGGGUGAUCCAAAGCUGCUGGGAAAUGUCGGCGAGAUCUUGGGCGUCGUGUUUGCGUGGGCGUACGGUGUGACUCUGAUAACGUGCUUCGUCUUGUCCAUGGGCAAUCGGCCGGCUGGUUCUCCAAGGUUGUACAUGGGCAUGGUGGUUUUCUGGGCGAUUAUCUUUAUACAGACAUCGACAAAGGCCUCUCUUUUUACCGACCUCUUCCGCAACGAGCUCUUCUACACCCUGAUCGUCUCCGUCGUCUCCACCUACGGCAUCUGGCUGAUCGCCUCCCUCCUCAUGUUCGACCCCUGGCACAUGCUCACCUCCUUGGUGCAGUACAUGCUCCUCUCGCCAACCUACACCAACGUCCUCAACGUCUACGCCUUCUGCAACACCCACGACAUCUCGUGGGGUACCAAAGGUGACGACAAGCCCGACAAGCUCCCCUCCGUCAACACCAAGGACGGUCAGGGUAAGACCGAUCUUCCCGAUGAAGGCGAUCUCAACGCCUCGUACGAGCGCGAACUCCAGGUUUUCUCAAGGAAAUUCAUCAAGCCCGUGUCGGACCCCACGCCGGCCCAGCUGGAGGAGAAGCAGAUGGAUUAUUAUCGCGGUGUCAGAUCGAUGGUCGUGCUGGUCUGGAUGAUCACCAACUUUGCGCUGUGCGCGGUGGUGCUGAGCACGGCGGGCCUGGAGAGGAUCGAUGCAGAGGAAGGGUCGGAUGAGGAGAGGACGAGUAAGCGGGCGACGAUCUAUAUGAGUGUCGUGCUUUGGUCGGUGGCGGUGCUGAGCGGGUUUAAGUUUAUUGGGGCUUGUUGGUUUUUGGUUGUGAGGAUGUUUAGGGGUGUUUAA